ACACAGUCCAGUCCAUUGCAUUCACCACAGUUUUUCAAUGCCCCGUGAUUGCACCAAAUGCUCGCUACCGUGCGAGAAGGACGUGAGCUCAGUCAAUGGCAAGAUAUACCACAAUGCAUGCCUGGUCUGCUCGGUCUGCAUGGACGUCCUCGGAAGCAACAUGAUGGACCACGAGGGCCAGCUGUACUGCUUGGAUGACUACAACACACUGUUUGGCAAAAAGUGCGGGACGUGCGGCGAGUUUCUGCUCGGCGAAUUCACAUCGGUUGGCGAGACAUACUACCACUUGACAUGCAUGAAGUGCGCCGGCUGCAAGAAGCCCAUCGAGCACGGAGACAGCUUUGGCGACUGUGCCGACGGCUUUGUGUGCGACACGUGCUGCGACCGAGUUUGCCCGCAGUGCGAUCGUCCGACACACGACAACGACGCUUUUCUCUGCGAGGGCGAGGUUUCGGGCUGGUACCACAAGCACUGCUUGCGCUGUGCCAGCUGCGACAAGACCCUCACUGCCCAAUCCUACCGGCCGUACAAUGGCAACCCGUAUUGCGAAGAGCACUUUAAAUUGGUGUCCAAGACGACCGUGAAUCUCUCAAGCACUUGCGCCGCUUGCAACAAACGAAUCGACAGCUCCGGCAUCCGCGCCCUCGACAAGCAAUGGCAUGUUGCUUGCUUUGCGUGCGCAGAGUGCAAGGAGGUGAUCAACGGCGGUUUCAUUGAGCACAACGGGAAGCUGUACUGCUCGAACGACUACGAGAAGAAAUACGCACCAAAGUGCUUUGCAUGCUCGCAAGCCCUCGUUGGCAGCUUCAUGGAGGUCGAUGGGCAAAAGUUCCAUCCUAACUGCAUUGUCUGCGUCGCUUGCCAUAAGGGCUUUGGCAGUGGCCAAAACAUCCGCUUCCGCGGCAAAUCUCCCUAUCACAUGGACUGCUUGACGUGCGUGCAGUGCCGAAAGCCAUUCGCCGUUGGCGCGGCCAUGUACUCUGUCAACGGACAACUGUUGUGUGGAAACUGCUCCAACUAGGAUGUGAAUGCGUUGCGUUUAAGAUUGGGAAAAGGGAGGAGGAGGUGAAACGAUUUGCAUGUUUGUCUUGUUGUUGCUCUUUUUUGUGCGUUGUUGCUGUUGCUCUUUUUGUGCGUUGUUGCUGUUGCU